CUCCUCAGCUUUGCUUAGCUUCUCUAUUCUCUCUGGAAAACUCUUCUUCUUCUUCCUUUUUCCAUUCAAACUUUGACGGCGAAAACAGGACGAUUCCUCUUCGCUCUUCUCUGUUUGGAUUCCGGGAGAAAAUUCAUGUUUUCUUCGUGAUUUCGUUUUCUCUCUCGGGCUCUCUUUCCGCGGAAUUUGGCGAUGUGUAAACCGGCCUACGUGUGUGUCCUCGAUUUCGAUUUUGGCUUCGCGAUUUUCUCUUGCUUCUUCUUCCUCAGAAAUGUUUGAUUGGGACGACGCGGAGCUAGCAAACAUAAUAUGGGAUGAGGCUGCUGAGAACAGUGACCAUAUUGUUCCUUAUCCUAAGGGAACUGAAGAUUGUCGCAUUAAGAAGGAAUGGAAAGAAGAAUCUGCUGUAAUAAAGCCUACUGAGCAGAAAAGCCCCAGGGCCAAAGUUGAUUUGAAUGGAAAAAUUCCGGAGGGCAGUUCCAGUGUGGUCAAACAUGAUGGAAAUUCUGCCUAUGGAAUUGGGAUGGAGCCAUGGUCUGAUUUGCCCUUACCUAAUGCUGCCAAUACUGAACUGGAAUCUGUGGAUACUGAAGUACCAACUGGCUUAACUGAAAUUACAAAAUAUCAUUCGUCAAGAGGGACAGAUCAGCUUGAUAAAGAUGAUGAAAUAUAUCAAAAUUCCCACGAAGUUAAAGAACAAGGUAACUUUGUUGACUAUGGCUGGGCAAACAUUGGAAGUUUUGAUGAUUUUGAUCGUAUUUUCAGCAACAAUGAUGCUGUAUUUGGUCACGUGAGUCUUGAUAAUCCUGAUGAGCUAUGGUCUUCCUCCAGAGAUGUUGCUAACAGUGCAGCCAAAUCCUUUCCUAUUUCUUCUGAGAUGCCCAUAAAAACAGAAUAUGUGCAAGAUGACCUGACAUGUAGCCUCCAAUUUGGGAAAACAGAUGAUUCUACGUCGCAAACUCUGCAGAGUGUUCAUUGCAUUCUGGAUCAUGUUGAAGAGGCUAGUGGUAAAAGUAAGCCCAUGGCAAAGGAGCAGCCAGAUUUGGGCAAGAUGGUGCAAACAACAGUAGCAGCCUCUCAUCCAGCUGCUGUAAACAUUGCAACCCAAAAUGAAGUCUCUGUUAAGCUUACUAGGCAAAAGAAACCAUUGAAGUCUCGUAAAAGGCUGGAGGAGAAAAUUGAAGGGAGGCCACUGCAAGAGUUGUAUGGUGCCUGGCCUUCAUUGAGAAACCAUUCUGGACAACAUGAAAACCGAUUGGCACACACGACUCAACCUUCUCUCUCUUCAGUUCAGCAGAUGCAGCUUCUAGCACCUGAGAUUUUUCAGUACCAGCACAUCUCAAACCAAUUUGCAGCUCAUCCUGUCUACGGAAAUCUGAAGAAUCCAUACCUUGCCAUGCCUGUGCUGUCUCACAUUCAGCCUGGGAAACUGAAGCAUCAACCUUUGCUUUCUAGUUGUGAUGUUUUAGCUGCUAAUAAAAAUUCUGCAAAGAAAUCUGCAGAAGCUCCUGUAAAACCUAUAGUUAUGACGCCUCAGGAGAAAAUAGAAAAGUUAAGGCGGCGGCAGCAACUGCAGGCAAUGCUUGCCAUUCAGAAACAACAACAAGAACUUCAUCGGCAAAUCCCUUCUACCAAUCAUUCCACCACUCAAAAUUUUCCUCUAGAAAAUCAAAGCCAGCAGUUUGGGGGAGCGUAUCUUAAAAUUGAAGACUUAAGUACUUUUCAUUGUCUGGAACCAAACUCUCCUGUAGAGCAAGAUGAUUCUAGCACUAUUUCUGCAGCCAUUGAUGAUUAUUCCGUGGAGGAAACAAUACUUCACAGGCUUCAAGAUAUCAUAAAAAAGUUGGAUAUCACAGUAAGACUUUGUAUACGAGAUAGCUUGUUCCGCUUGGCUCAAAGUGCUGUGCAAAGGCAUUAUGCAAGUGACACAAGCAGUACCAACAAAAGUAGCAAGGAAGAACGUGAAGCUCUUGCAAAGGAGGAAAUCAAUAGCUGCAGCAGAUUGCCAGAUUGUGAAACGGAGACGAAUCCCAUAGACCGAGCUGUGGCUCAUUUGCUCUUUCACAUACCUAUGGAGUUGUCAGGAAAACAACUCGAGCCAUCUGAAUCGCCUCUUUCUACUAAGCUUCCAAGUGAGCAAAGAGCAGCAGAAACGAUUAUAAACUUGCCCGAGACUUUCAUUAACAAACGGUGUUUUGGUCACCAAGAAUCUAAAGUUUGCUCGCCAAUAUUAGUCGAGCCUGACCAGUACAAGCACGGUCCAUGCGUGGACGCCUCCGCAAAUGCCUCAAACAAGGGACUCACAUACGGUGGAGCUGUCGUUGCCGCCGUCGAAUCUUCUCAAUGAACAAAAACGUAUUAUCCAGUGAUCAACAGUAAGGUAUUCUUUUAUUGUCAGCCAACUGGGUCUUAUCAUUUUGUGCGGUUUCUGGUGCCUGAAAAUGACAGACAUUACCACAGUGGAGCCUUUAGCAUUAAAACAAGCAUACAGUUUGAAGAAGAACCAAGUUCAAUUCACUAUAUAUCUAUUUGUCUAUUGUUCUGAGAUUUAUGACUUUCUGUAUCUUUAUUUAGAAUACAUGAGACGCGUAAUUUGAUCGUGUGUGACUGUGAUGGAUGAAGGGAUGGAGCUAAAUAUAAGCCACAAACCUAAAUCAUGAACAUAAUUGGCAGAUUGGUGUAUGCUCAAUGCCCAAACCCAAGAAUUUGGCAUUUAAUUAUAUGCUUAUGGAUUCAGUUAGCUGAAUUAGAUUCA